AUGAAUAUACCACAGACGCACGGGGCCUCGCUGCGCCCCGCAACAAACGGUCUGCUGCCGCAAGCCAAUGGGGCCUCCCACAAGCAGUGCGAGCCCUGCUGCACACAGCAGCAGCAACAGCAGCAGCAGCAACAGCAGCAGCCGCAGCAGCAGCAGCAGCAGCAGCAACAGGAUCAGCCAGCUGCAGCAGCUGCAGCAGCAGAAGUAUCAAACACAACAGAAGCGCUGGCAACGGCCUCACAUACAAUCCACCCUUCAUCUUCUGUUGAGAAGGGGUGUAAUCCUCCCCAAGAAGCAGCAGGAGCAUCAACAGCAGCAUCAGCAGGAGCAUCAACAGCAGCAACAGCAGCAACAGCAGCAGCACCUUCUCCUGCAGCAGAAAGCAGCUACUGCUACGGCCCCUCAGGCCAGAAGGAGCGGCUGCGCCGCAUACAAAUCAGCGGCGACACCACCUGGGUCAUCCCGCAGCGUUUUCGCUAUCUAAAGAGAAUUGGUAGCGGUGCAUACGGCUGCGUGGCUUCUUUUGAGGUAUUGGGGGCUGGGGGUGCUCAGCGUGUGGCGGUGAAGAAGAUAGGGGAUUUGUUUCGGGAUUUAGUUGACGCCAAAAGAAUAUUAAGAGAAAUAAAAAUAUUAAAAGCUCUUAAACAUGAAAAUAUGAUUCAGUUGCUAGAAAUAUUAGACCCUCUUUCGCCAGGUAACGCAUGCAGCAGCAACCACAGCACCACUACCAGCAGCAGCAGCAGCAGCAGCAGCAGAAACAGUAGCAGUAGAAGCAGAGAAGCAGCAGUAGCAGCAGCAGCAGCAGCAGCAGUAGCAGCAGCAAACACCACAAAAGGGGUGAGCAGCCCCGCCACAGACACAGCCUCUCAGCAGCAGCAGCAGCAGCAGCAGCAGCAGCAGGAGCAGCAGCAGCAGCAGCAGCAACAGCAACAACAGCAAAAUGGAGAUUCUUCUGACCGACUGGGAGACUCACAGAUGAGCGUCAUGGAUACAGACGGAACCACGCAGCGACCUUAUUCUGCUGCUGCUGCUGCUGCUGCUGCUGCUGCUGCACUGUCGGGCAGCAGCAGCAACGGCAGCAGCAGCAGCAGCAGAACAGGGGGCCCCUGCGCUCGCCUCGUCAGCCGCUCCUCUUGGGCUUCUCUUCAACGCACCAUCGAAGCAGCAGCCAGUCCAGGCAACGAAGGUGUUUCCUUUUCUUCUUUGUUUCCUGGCGCCUGCCCCCAAGCUCUGGACCUGCUGCAGCGGCUGCUUACAUUUAACCCCAGCAAAAGAAUCACCGCCAUUGAGGCCCUCAGGCAUCCAUACUUCAGAGGUUUGUAUUGCCACGAAGACGAACCCACCGCCACCCAGCCCAUCGACUGGACCUUUGAUGCAUUCUUACCCAGCAAACGACUGUUGCAGAAUAUGAUAUACAAGGAGAUUCUGUCUUUCCACCCCAAGAUAGCUCUGAGAGACAGAAACCUGCUGCGGGUUAGGGGGCUCUCGCCGCAGCAGCUGCUGCCGCUGCUGCCGCAGCACUUGGGGUACAGCUUGCUGCAGCUAGAAGAGGAGCAGCAGCGCGAAGAGCAGCAGCAGCAGCAGCAACAGCAGCAGCAGCAGCAACAACAACAGCAGAUGCUGCAGCAACAACUGCAGCAACAACUCCAGCAACAGCUGCAACAGCAACUGCAACAGCAACUGCAGCACCACCAACACAGGGAGAAGCAGCAGCAACAGAUCUUGCUGCAGCAGCAGCUGCAGCAGCAGCAACAACAGCAGCAACCGCAGCAGCAGGAGCAGCAGCAAUUCAACCCCCUUGCUCACAGGUCUUGCUGCAGCGCCCCAGCAGCAUCUUCUGAUGCGAAUCCAAGAGACGCCAUGCUGCAGCAGCAGCAGCAGCAGCAGCAGCAGUUGCUGCCAGCAGGCUCAGCAGCAGCAGCUCCAGCGGCAACAGCUGCAUCAGCAACAGCAGGAUCUGCUGCUGCUGCUGCUGCUGCUGCUGCAUCAGCAGAAAACAGCAGACUUGCUGCUAUCCGUCGUAUUAACCCUGUAGCUGCUUCCUUGGGCCCGGCUCUACAGGCACUGAAGCAGCAGCAGCAGCAGCAGCAGCAGCAGCAGCAGCAGCAGCAACUGCUUGACAGCUUGCACGCGAGCAGCUGUCUUGCUCACCAGCAGCUGCUGCAGCAACACCGCCAAGCGCUGCUGCUGCAGCAGUCUCCAUACUGUUCACUGCAGCAGCAGCAGCAGCAGCAGCAGCGAUUGAGUGCUGCAGCAGCAGCAGUAGCAGCAGCAGCAGUAGCAACAGCAACCGGCGCCCCCCAGCGACACUCUAUAGGCGCUAUCAGCGACAUGCACGGCAGCUCCGUGUGCUCCCCUGUCCAGCACCAGCUAACGAAUUCGCAGCUAUCUGAGAUGCUGCAGCUGCAGCAGCAGCAGCUGCAGCAGCAGCAGCAGCAACUGCAGCAGCAGCAACUGCAGCAGCAGCAGCUGCAGCAGCUAGCAAGCAGCUGCUGCUGCGGCAGCUACUGCUGCGAGAAAUGCCGCUGCGUAGCUGCUGCAGCAGACAGCGACGCUGCUGCUGCAUCGAGCAGCAGCAGCAAAGCACUGCGGCAGCCAACGAGCAGCAGCACAGCAGCAACAGCAGCAGAUGUUGCUUCGCUUCUGAACUGGCCUUCUAACGGCAGCAGCAGACAGGAGAGUCACUGCAGCAACAGCAACAGCAGCAGCAGCAGCAGCAGCAGCGACAACAGCUGCUGCACCUCUGCAUGGGCUACAGCAGGCAGCCGCAACACAACGAGGUCUUCAGUAGGAGGAGAUGCAGCAUUUGGGUCUGGUGAGGGUUACCCGCAGCAGCAGCAGCAGCAGCAGCAACAGCAGCAGCAGCAGCAGCUGCUGCUGCUGCAGCAGCUGCAGAAGCAGCAGCAAAUCGCACUGCUGCACCGCGUGAUGCAGCAGCAAAUGGCGAGGCAGCAGCAGCUCAUUGAGCAGCAGAAGCUGCGGCUGACGCAGCAGCAGCUGCAGGGUGGCUUCCUUCUCGGUUCUUCUACGCCGCAGCAGCAGCAGCAGCAACAGCAGCAGCUGCUGCUGCAGCAGCAACUCCAGCAACGGCUGCAGCAGCAGCAGCAGCAGCAACGCAUGCAGCAGCAAGUCACCCGGCUCCGUGCUACUCCUGAGUACACCGAUGCAGCAGCAGAUCCGAAUACAGCAGCAGCAGCUGCUGCUGCUGCUGCUGUCGCUGCAGCAGCAGCCAACAAUAGGUGGGUGCUACCGGCUCAACAGCAACAGAAACAGCAGCAGCAGCAACAGCAGCAGCAGCAGCAGCAGCAGCAGCAGCAGCGGUAUGCAUCAUAG